GUAACUACUUAUGAACACAUAAUAUAUCAUCAUUCAUAGAUUGUGAGUGAAAGUAUGUAAAAAUUAACAAAUAUAUUCUUUAUCGGUGUUUAUGGAAACUUGUAGAAUAUUUCCUGGACUAAUGGAACUACUACGCAUACUGUUACUAUGGAUACAGACUGUAGCAUUCAUGGUGAGUAACAUGAAAACGGCUGUGGGAGCUUAUGAAAUGACAAAACCAUGUGUGUUGAACAAUUUAUGUAAACUGCCCUGCAGACUGGAGCCAUUUAGGGAUGUUACUGUUAGUUGGUUUAACGGCAAUAAUGAGAUGCUCACGCAAGGUAUGCAAGUAUAUAAGCAUACCAGAAAUCUCAUGAUAAAUAAGCCAGCAAGGAAUGAGUGGGAACUCCAUAUACUGAGGAUUGAUCUAAGCUUUGCUGACACAUACUGGUGUAAAACUCGAGACGGCCAUACGCUCUCGGAGAUAACAGUUGUCAUUGAACAUGAGCCAAGAUUAAACAAGAAUUCAUCUUCUUCUACUCGUACCGAAAUCCUUGAAAAUUCACUGGCGCAACUGAAUUGUGAAUUCACCGGCAUACCGGAACCGGAAAUAACGUGGUGCCGUGGACCGUCAAAGGAACGUAUUGAAGGUAUAAAGGGACACAAGCUGAUCAUCAGAAAUAUCACAAGGUACGCAAGUGACGAGUACACUUGCAUUGCCAAAAACAGACACGGAACUUCCGAGAGUCAUAUGCAGGUGUUCGUGGACUGUAAGUCGAAUUUUGCGGUUUUGGUUAUAUGGUACUUGUUAUCUCCCGCCGAAGAUGGCGGAGUACAAAUUUGGCGUUGUCCAUCCGGCUGUUCUUCCGUCGGUGCGCGUCCGUCCGAAAGUGAAAAUGUUCAUAAUUCAAAAAGUCUUUUUAGUAAUCACAGGCACGAGUGUCGGAACUUGAAUAAAAAAAAUAUGACCAGAUAAAACCCCCUGUUUUCAUCCUAAAUCAAGCAAGAAGGAAGGAAAAUAUGUAGUGGAAAAUAAACCCCUUUUAAAUGAUAUAUAUCAUACAAGAAUGCUAGAAACCGAUGUUCGAGUCUCCGAGAAAAGGCUUCGCUUCCCACGCCGUUGUGAAACCAAUUCUCCAAACAAUUUCAUAAACUUGUAUUUCUAUUUCAUGUAUAUUCAUUUAGUUACAAAAUGAGGUCGACCUCAAGUCUCUAGCUCUUCCCAUUCAUGAAAUAUCUAUCAGAAAACGAGGGCCCUUUUGCUGCAAGUCCCAGGUAGCAGUACAACGGAACAGUGCGAAAACAUCGGCUAAAAUAAAGUUGUUAGCCAAGCCCGUGUUAAAUUCUCUAGCCUGUACUAAAAAGUAUAACUGAAUACAUAAAAUGAACAUGAAAAUUUACAUAAAUGCAGAUCACUAUAUUAGAUGGUGCGCGCACAACUUUCGUUAGGAUCACUUAAGUAACUUCAGAAUUAUUGCUUUUUAAUUGUUUUAUAAUAAUUAUUCAUAAAUGUAUUCCAUUGAUGGAUCUUCAUGAAACUUAACCCAAAUAUGCGUCACUAUAUGGCGGUAGUGCAUGCUCAUAUUUCACCAGGAUCUCUUCAGUAACGGCAGAGUUAUUGAUGUUAAAUGUUUUAAACUUCAUAAAUAUAUCUGAAAAAUAAAUAUCUUCCAAAAUAUAUUUCCCUCAUUCACAAAACAACCUAUUUGUCGGGGAAUUUAAAUGCACUUAAUUUGUUUGUUAUACACUUCAGAACGUCUUAACGAAACCUUUUCUAUUUUACCAGUAUAUUAAUAACUGACCAAAAAAAACUCUCUAGAACUUUCACGCAUUUUUAGAACUAAAUAUGUUGGUAAACUUAUUGUAAUUUAUCAACAAAAUUUAUGCCAUCAUUUAAUUUCAUUGAACCCAUUUUUGAAAGACACGAAAAUGCACAUAUAUAUCUAGAAAAGAUACAAAAAAUAUAGUUUUCGUGCUCCAACGCAUUAGAUCAUUAGAACAAAUUAUAUUUUCGUCUUUACUUUAAGCAUAUCUAGUGAAAAGUAAAGGUACUGUUUAAUUUUCUUAUAAAUGGUAUUUGCUUCUUUUAUUUAUAUAAAAAAACAAACACAGAAUCUGCGUACGUGCGUGCAUGCAUGCGUGUGUGUGUGUCCGUUAUUAAAAAUCGACUGAAAAUGAACAUGUCCUUCCAUUACUGAAUGUUCUUCAACGUUGAAUUUGAUAAAUGCAGAAUAUUAUUCUUGAAAUGUGAACAAAUUCAACUGCUUAUUAAUUUAAGAUAUUGCCAAGAAAUACAAGUGUUGCAUUGGAGUAGUUGUUAAGGGUACAUGUUAGACUCAUAGUUCUUUUGAACUUUUUGAUAUAAGAUACUUUGGAAAACAAUGGUCCAUGAAGUAAAGAAUUCGAGAAUAUUCACUCGAUUGGAGGUUGCAAAACACCAUAAUAAGCAAAAGAAAUAAAAUCGAUAGGAAACGUGUAAAAUAUAUUCACAAUAUAAUUCUCUGGCUAAAAUAAUUUUAUAGGGCAGUUUCAAAAUGUGGUUAUCAUGUAAUUCUAAAGUUAUUCUCUCCAAACCAUAAUAUUUA